AUCACAGACACCUGGUUGUGAUGAUUUGUCCGUUUCACAGCUUUCAUUCGAGUACUCACCCGUGCUCCUACACAGUACUUAGCUCUCUUCUUCUAAUUUGCUUUCUCCCUCCAUCUCUCUAGUCAUUCUUCAUACCUUCUUGUCCAUUUCCCGUUUGGCCUCAACAACUCCCAGCUCCUGCUUUCCCUCCAUGGUUCCUCCAGCUUGCUAAACUCUGCUGCUUCUUGAAAGCAGAUCGGGGUAAGUUCAAGAGUGCCAAUCAUGGAGGCUAAGGACCACCAUAUGGAAAAAUCGCCUCGUCUUAACAAGGUUGCUAACGUGGAGCAGCAGUUCCUGGAGAUGAUCCAUUCCUCCAAGGGUUUAUGGCAUUCGGAGGUUCAACUCAUGUAUAAAAAAAUAUGUUCUUGUUAUGCGAAGCUUCUUGUUCUUGGUGAUCCCAAGCUGGAAGAGCUUCAAAAUGUUGAGUACUCGCUGUGGAAGCUUCACUACCGCCUUAUUGACGAGUUUCGCAAGAGAUUGAGACGAAUUCCUGCUAAUGGAGAACCUACUGCUGAAUCUGUUGAUGGGUUCAAGUCAUUUCUAUCAGAAGCAAGCUUAUAUUACCAGAAUUUGAUUCUUAAACUUAGAAAAAGCUAUGGCCUCCAGGAGGGCUUUACUUUGGGUAGUAAAAAUGGUGGAAUGCAGAACAAGAAGCUUCAGUUCUUGUGCCAUCGGUUUCUAGUUUGUCUAGGGGAUCUUGCAAGAUACAAAGAACAACAAUGCGACAAAUCGAGCCAACCGAACUGGUCCAUUCCAGCUAGCCAUUACUUGGAAGCCACAAAGGUUUGGCCUUUCAGUGGCAACCCUCAAAAUCAGUUGGCAGUGUUGGCUACAUAUUUUGGAGAUGAGUUCCUAGCUUUGUACCAUUGCAUAAGGAGCUUAGCUGUUGAAGAACCUUUCCCUGAUGCAUGGAAUAACCUUCUCUUGCUAUGUGAAGAAAACAAGUCAUCUCCAUUAGCUUCCAUUUCCAGUGAUGCAGAUUUUGAUUUCCUGAAACAAGCAUCUAGUGGUCAAAUGACAUCAGAUUGCAAAGUCAUCAAAGAACAACAAGAAGAAGAAUCCAAUAGUGGAGCGAAUUUGUGGGUUCUUAUUAUCAGAGUAAUAAGCUUCUUCUUCCUAGAUUCAAGUUUGGAGGAGUUUCCUAGUACUUUUGCAUCUGCCAUCAAGGAGCUGGAAACAUUACUCUCACUAGAUGAUACAAAGCUGAAAGCUGCCCUGGAAUCCUAUCACUAUAAGGACUCUAUUAGAAAGCAACCUUUCCGAACACUUCAAUUCGUGUGCAUAUUCAUCUUUGUGAUCGAGCAUCUCAGAAACAAAAAAGAAGAUGUCAAUGAGGCAAUGCAAUGGGCAUUGACUUCUACAUUCAUGGUAAUGGGACGCCUCGUGGACAGAUGCUCGAAGGCCAAACCUUCAUCCUCAUGCCCCCUGUCACCAGCUGUACUCAUUUUUAUCGAGUGGUUAGAAACCAACUUCGUGGACUUGGAAAGAUAUGGCUCGGAUGAUAGAACUACAGUGGGCACGGCCAUAUCUUACUUCUUCAGCUCUUUAAACGAACUACUGAAGAAGCUGGAUGGUGAAGAGACUGAAGGUGAUGAAUUUGAAGUCAAUCUUCCUCUUUGGGAAGACCAUGAGUUGAGAGGGUUUGCACCUUUAGCUCCUUCUCAUGCUGCAUUAGAUUUUUCCUCAACUCAUCAUCAAGGCUCAUCAGAUAGUUUCGAGUGUGGGAAACGAAGCCGUGCUCAUAGAAUAAUCAAUGCUGCCAAGAAAAUUUCUGGCAGAUCAAGUGGCGACCGGAAAUGGUUCAUUUAUGACUUCUGUAGCUCGAGAAUUGAUGCAGCAGACGACGAGGAAUCAAUUGCUGGCAAAGGAAAUGACAAAGCUGUGACCGAUGAGAAAUCAGGUAACCAUCGGGCAAAUGGGAAAUCUGGUGCUGGUUUCUUAGACGAGGAAGAAGUCAUUCUUUUCAAGCCUCUUACUAGACAUAACUCUGAACCUAUAUACAAAAGCUGGAGCAACUGUUUCGAAGAUCCCAUGCCAUCUUCAAGGGAAGCUGGGAACCAGGCAGUAGCUGCUGAUGAGUGUUUGAGACGUGCAACGUCCUUACUGAUAGCACAAAAUCCGGCACAAGUAGAUAACGACAACAAUGGUUUCCCUUUCCAUUCAGACCUCGCUAAUUUCAGGCGCAGCAACAAUUUGCAGCAGCCUAUGAAUGACACAGUUACUAGCAUGUUCUCGGAGCCUUCCAUCUCCCCUUUGUUCGGUUCCACCAUUGCAGCAGGCCCCCCUUCACUCAAUGCUUGGGUCUCGCCUUCCUCAUCCGGCCACGAGAAGACAAGAGGGAAAAGUGUGAAGCAAACAUUAGCACCCAUUGAAGAAGCAGCAGCAGCAGCAGUAGUAGCAUCUUCAUCAUUGAGUGAGCUCUCUAUCAGUGAACCAGAGGCAAAUACCAGCAUCAGCUCAGGCCAUUUGUCUUACUCACCUCCACUUCCUUCAGCACCAUUUCUGCCUGAUGAUGAUUGUUCCACCUGGCCUAGCAACUGUAACAUUCCACCGCCGCCGCCCCCUCAUUUCUCUGAUCAUCAUCAACAAGCACCAGCCGGCUUCUCGAAUUGGAAUGGUCUUCCUCGUGAUUACACUUACUAUCCUCCUGGAUUCGCAUACCCGCUACCACAACAACAGCGGAGAAUGACUUCUGCCGAGUGGCUGAGGCAAUACAGGGAGAACAAUCAUAGGGCCAAUGGUCACUUGUGGCAGCCCCCAAGUUAUGGUAAUCAUGUUAGUUCUGAUCAGCAAUGGGGGAUUCCGCCGCCAUUGGUUUAUGACCACCCGCCAUCGAUGAUGCAGCCGGGGUUCGCUCCAGUUCAUGGUUACUUCCCAAGUAGACAGGGGUUGUACGGGGAGAGUCCUUCGUUGAAUGAGCCGGAGCCACUUUUGCAGUAUCUCAAGGAGAAAGAAUGGCUGAUCCACCAUAAAGAUUCAAACUUUAGAGGACCCACGUUUAUGGGAAGCUAGCUGAUGCUAAAAUACUUCAGUUCCUGGAUUUGUGUAAAAUUCAUGUCAAUGAGAUCGUAGUUAGUACGUGACUGGUUUGUAUGUAUGUACGUAUUCAUCAUGUAUGUAUGUAAAUUUAUGUAUAUCAGUAUAUGUGUAUGUAUAUAAUCUAAGUAUACUUAUUUUGUUUAGCUGUUUUUCUUGGGUAAGAGCUUCAGAUAACAGAAGAGAGUGGAGAAGUAGAAUGUCUUCUUUUCUGGGAUUCGACUUUUGAGCCUAUUGGGUGUCGAACAAGGUUGUCAAACCGGUACUGUUGUGUCGAUUUAGUAAGUGAUAUGGUUCGACC